GAGAAAAUGUUGGCAGCCUAUUUUGAUUGCCCAGGAGGCCCAGAAAAUCUCUAUGUGAAAGAAGUGAUGAAACCUCAUCCAGAAGAAGGAGAAGUUCUUGUGAAGGUCUCUGCCAGCGCUCUGAAUAGGGCUGAUUUACUCCAGAGGAGAGGGAAGUAUCCUCCUCCCAAAGGAGCAAGUGAUAUUUUAGGCUUAGAAGCAGCUGGGAGCGUGGCUGGGCUUGGGCCUGGCUGCAGGAGUCAGUGGAAGAUUGGUGAUGCAGUGAUGGCUCUGCUCUCCGGAGGUGGCCAGGCAGAAUACGUGACAGUACCCGAAGGCUACCUGAUGCCAGUUCCCAGCGAGAUGACAUUCAUUCAGGCUGCAGCCAUCCCCGAAGCCUGGUUAACAGCUUUUCAGCUGCUGCAUUUUGUAGGUAAAGUACAGAAGGGCGAGCGAGUGUUGAUCCACGCUGGAGCUAGCGGAGUUGGCAUGGCAGCCAUUCAGCUGGUGAGACUGGCAAAAGCCAUUCCCAUCGUGACAGCGGGGACUCAAGAGAAACUGACAGCAACAGCAAGUGCUGGAGCAGCUGUGGGGUUCAACUACAAGACUGAAGAUUUUAGUGAAAAGGUCUUGGCCUUCACCCAAGGUUCUGGAGUCGAUAUUAUUUUAGACUGUGUUGGUGGCUCAUACUGGGAGAAAAAUCUCAACUGUCUGAGUACUGACGGCCGGUGGAUUAUUUAUGGACUACUGAGUGGGGGUGAAGUACACGGAGAUUUGCUUGCCAGGCUGCUUUCCAAACGAGGGAGCAUCCAUACGAGCCUGUUACGAUCACGAAACAAGGAGUAUAAGGAACGGCUGGUGAAAGCCUUCACAGAAACCGUGCUGCCACACUUCUCAAGAGGAACCUCCCCUCAUCUCCAACCCCUCGUUGACAGCGUUUACCCUCUGCACAAGAUCGCAGAGGCACACAGGAUCAUGGAAGACAACAAGAACAUUGGUAAAAUUGUCAUCGAAAUGCCUGCUUCACUGUAAGGAUGAAGGGCUGCUGCUGUAGCUGCUC